CAGAUUUAAGCUGUUUUUUUCAAAUCAUCAAAUAUCAUCAUAAUGGAUGAACUAUUGGAAUUUGAACAUGAAGCCCUAUUAAAUGUGCUCAAUCAAAAUAGUUUGACAAUUUCAUCGAAAGGAUUAUUAAAUGAUCGACUUUUAUUUUAUCUAGUUCGUACAUAUUCUAAUCCAUGUCAUUUGGUUUUUGUUAUUGGCACCGAUGAAAUUGAAGAAAACAGUAUCCUUUUUCAGAUUGAUGAAUAUUUAACUCAACGAUCGAUUAUUGAUGAUGAAUUUGAACGUCCGAAAAAAAUUUCCUAUGCUUCAUACAAGACACAGGAACGUCAUGAUAUGUAUCUGGCCGGUGGUGUUAUAUUCAUUACAACAAGAAUAUUGAUUGUUGACAUGCUUACCAAUCGUGUACCGAUGUCGGCAAUAUCGGGCAUUAUUAUAGCCAAUGCUCAUCGUGUUCUCAAAGAUUAUUAUAUUUCAUUCAUACUACGACUAUAUCGAUUAUCGAAUAAAACCGGAUUCAUUACAGCUUUAUCACAGAAUGCAUCCAGUUUUUUUGGUACAUUUGGUCAGCUAGAAAAAUGUAUGAGAAAAUUAUUUGUCAGUCAUCUUUAUUUAUGGCCACGAUUUCAGGCCACAAUACUGAAUUCAUUGACAUCCCGUAAACAGCCUAAAGUAAGCGAAUUUCGUAUCGAAAUGACACCUGUGAUGAAAGAAAUACAAUUUUCAUUUCUAGAUCUAAUUUCAUCCAGUAUAAAAGAAUUGAUUAAAAUGGAAAAUGUUGGCUAUUUUUUUGAUUCAACAAAUACUGAUGAAGAACGUUCAUUGAAUACGAUAAGCGUAGUGGCCAAUAAUUUUAAUAAAUUAAUACGUUUAAAUCUGGAUUCUGUAUGGUAUAAUUUAAGCUUAAAAGCUCGCCGUACAAUACGUGAAAUUCAAUUAUUGAAAUCAUUAUUAUUUCAUUUAACGGAAUUGGAUUCGGUAACUUUUUAUGGUGAAAUCAAACAUCAAAUGGAUUCAUAUGAUCCAACCAUACAUACUGUUGAUUGGUUACAUAGACCAGCGGCAACAACAUUAUAUGAUCUAACGGCCAAACGUAUAUUUCAACAAAAUUCUAAUGGUGAAAAAGUAUUCCAUGUGGAGAUUAAUCCCAAAUUAGAGGCUUUAAUACAACAUCUGAAAGAUAUUGAACAACAAAUUGUCAACAACAAAAAAGACAUACAUGGUGAUGAUAAAAUUGUCGAUAUUAUUAUUGUUGUUGAGAAUUCCUAUUCAAUACGUCAAAUUGAACGUUUUUUAGACAAAGGUCGUGAUGUUGUUAUCGAAGAAUUGAAACAAAAAGCUGAACUUUUUGCUAAUGGAAAAAAGAUUGAAAUAGUAUCAAAAGUGAUCAAAACAAAAUCCAAUACUGAAAAUGAUGAUGAUAAUGAUGAUGGUGAUGGUAUCAUUGAAUUCGAAGAUCAACUCACAUUGACACAGUUGUUAUGUCCUAUUGAAUCACAUGAAACAUCAAUUGUUCGUAGACAUCAAUCAUAUCAGAUACAUUAUUAUGAAUGGUCUAAUGAUAAUAAUUGUGGUCUUGGAUUAAAACAUUUACUACAAACAUUGCGACCAUAUUAUGUGAUCAUAUAUGAAGCUGAAAUGUGUGUUAUUCGUCAAAUUGAAUUAUAUCAGGCAUUGUAUGGCCAACCAAAUGAACCAGAAAUUGAGGUUAGUUUUUUCGUAUUCGAUGGUUCAGUAGAAGAACAACGUUAUCUACGAAGAUUACAAGUGGAAAAAAAAUCAUUUGAAAAAUUGAUACAGGAAAAAUCUAGACUACCUAGCCAUAAAGAAAAUGAAGGCACUGUUGGUGAACAUCCGGAUCUCAUACGUGGAAAACCAACACUUUUACAUCCAGAUGAAUAUAUUGAACGUAUCAAUACACGAUUAGGUGGAAUGGUCAAUAACCAGAAAAAACUAUCAUCAUCAUCAUCUAAUUCAUGUGUAUUGAUUGAUUUACGUGAAUUUCGUUCAGCAUUACCAUCAUUUAUUCAUAAGAUUGGAAUCGAUUUAAUUCCGGUUACAUUGGAAAUCGGUGAUUACAUUAUAACACCGGAAUGUUGUAUUGAACGAAAAUCUAUACCAGAUCUACUUAAAUCAUUAUCAGAUGGUCGUCUAUAUUCACAAACACAGAUAAUGACACGUCAUUAUAGAAAAUCAUUAUUAUUGAUUGAAUUUCCUGAAGAUUCAUUUAGUUUCAAUUCUCGUAUCUGGGGCAAUGCAUUUCUGUUUAGUCAAAUAUCAAAAGAAUCACGACCAGAUCCAUUAGUACAAUUGUCCAUUCUGACAAUACAAUUUCCAUUAUUACGAUUAAUUUGGUCACCAUCGCCAAAUUUUACUGCCGAUAUUAUUAAUGAAUUAAAAAAUGGUAAAGAUGAACCAAACAAAGAUAAAGAUAUUAUUCGUUUGAAUCUUGAACAAGAUCAACAAUUACCAAUGGAAUGUAUUACCGAUCGUUUUGAUAUUGAAACCAAAGAAUUUCUAUUAUGUUUACCCGGUAUUACAACACAAAAUGUUUAUUGUAUAAUGAAUGAAUUUAAAUCAAUUAUUAAUCUUGUUGAGCAAUCAAUUGAAAUGUUAACGGAAAAAAUGGGCAGUGGUCAUCAUGCAAAAUUACUUUAUAAUGCUUUACAUAGCCCUAUUACGUUGGGUGUCGAUACACAACAAUCGAAACAGCCAAAAGAAACGAAACGUUUUGCUUAUGUUCGUAAACGUAAAAAUUGAACAAAAAAAAUCAAACAAAUCAAUUUUAGCAUUUAUUACGAAAUAAAAAAUUAUUUUUUU